AUGUUGAUUCAAAGAACUGGCUGCACAUUAGUAAGUUUUUAAUCUUUUUUCUUAAAAUAAUUUAAAAACCAGAUCAACGGAUGCCCUUCGGGCAUCCUAUGAUCUGGACAUUGCAAUUUCAUUUUGUUUCAUCAUGGUGCCAAUUUUAAUGCAGUUUAUAAUAUGCUAAAUCAUGAGCUCGGGCCUGCGGCCCUCGCACAUCUUUUUUUUAUACUGUUAUAAAUCAAUGAAAACAAUUUUCAUUUGGAGAUAUUAUAUUAUGAGCUCCGGCCCGUGGUCCUCGCACAUUUUUUUGGAUCAUUUUUAUCUGGACAUUACAACUCCAUGUUUUUUAUAUUAUUCAAACUAAUAUGCUCGGGCCUGCGGCUCUCGCACGUUUUUUCCAAUUCAAACUCUAAAACCUGUUGCAAAACAUUUUUGCUAUUGAAUGACCGCUCUAUUUUAUCAAAAUUUUACAAAAUUUUCUCGCCGAUUUUCGCAGUUUUAAUUUUAAAAAUGAUUUUUUUUUGAAAAUUUGCAUGGCUCUCUCAAUUGCACCUUUCUUUGGCUUCAAAAAGGUCAGACACGAUUUUGAUUCCAUUCUUCGCAAUUGAUAGAGGGGAUGUAUGUUAUUGACCUAGAAAUAAAUAAAAUAAAUAAAUUAGUAAGUUAAAUCACUUGACGGUUUUCUGAAACAGUUUUAUCUCGUUUAUAUAGUCAUAUUUAACAAAACACAAGUCUAAAUAUCACUAACUUAAACUAAAUCUUUCUGAAUUUCUAUAAUUGAUUACAUAUCUGUACUAUAACCUUUAAACGACAAUUAGUAGAUCCAGUAUAAUGUAUAUCCAUAGUAGUACCAUUUUUAAAUUUAGGCCAACCGGCAUGCGACGUUCGUGCAUCAAGAGCUCAUUGUGAGACCGGAGAUCCUUGUUACUAACCCAAAAGGUGGAUACAAAUCCGUGUGGGUGAUGAAUGGCUCAGACCAGGAACUGUAUGUUCAAGUGAAGGAGUGUGAGGACGCAAAUGUCUACCCGUCCAAAUGUGUGGUUCCGAGAAAGACGGCCCAAUUGUUCGUGGUAGAAUUUUUAUGCCAUGGACCUCAAGAACAGCAAAGUGACACCCAGAAAGUGUACACUUGCGCAAAACACGGCCCAGAUAUUCCUUGUGGAGCAAACCACCAACGAGACCGCUUCUGA